AUGGUCAAAGUUGCCGUGGCAGGCGGCUCCGGAAGCGUCGCCCGGGAGGUCAUCGACCAGAUAUUGGCCCGGAACAAGCACCAGGUAACCAUACUGGAGCAGAGGCCGGCCGAGAGCCCGUGCGUCGACAAGCAUGGCAUCGAGUGGAUUCAAGUCGACUAUUCCGAUAAAACCUCGCUGGCCCAUGUUCUGCGAGGCACCGAUGUCGUUUUGUGCUUCUUCACCGGACUCGACUACAUGAACGCGGUGAGAAACUCGAAAAACCUCAUCGACGCGUCCAUCCAAGCAGGAGUCAAACGCUUUGCGCCCUCGGAAUGGGGAAGUCGCUUGAACUGGAGCAUUCCGCACUACAGGUUCAAAGACGAAAUCCGAGAAUAUCUUGAGGAAUGUAACAGCGGGAGGAUUCCCGGCCUCUUCACAAACUACUUUGGCUUCCCAUACUCCACCACGAAACAUUUAUCCAUGAGUCCAUGGCUUGUCGACUUUGACAACCGCCGCGCCAUCACCGUCGGCGCUGGCGAUUUUUCCCUCUGCCUCACCACCGUGCAGGACAUGGCUGUUGUGGUCGCAGAUGCACUUGAUUAUGAAGGCAAAUGGCCUGUCGACGGUGGGAUAAGAGGCACACAGAUUACUAUGGCGGAGUUGAUCAGGCUCGGCGAAAAAUUAAGAGGUCCCAUGAAAGUAGAAAGUGUAUCAUUGGAAGAUUUGAGAGAAGGCCAGCUCAAGACGUCGUGGUGCCCUUUGAUCACGCAUCCCUGCCUCCCGGACGAACACCGAGAGAUCAUCUCGCGCCACGUCAUGAUCACAUUUCUUCGGUCCGUCGCCCAGGGAGCUUGGACUGUGUCUGACACGUGGAACAAACUCCUGCCUGAUAACAAGCACAUCAGUGUGGAGGAUUACCUAACGCAAGUUUGGACGGGCAAGCCGUAG